ACCUGCUGCUCAUGCCGCGUGGGCAAACCCUGGUGGCAGCUGCCAGAGCCAGUCGCGGCUCCACACAGCAUGCCGGGGGCUAACUCUGGUGUCAUCUUCCUGCAGAAAACCAUGAGCCCACCUUUCCAGGUGGCUACCCUCACAGCCAACUGCCCAGGCCCGGUCUGACCCUUCUCAGCACCUGCAGGUGCCGGAACCCGAGAUGCGUAUGCUCUGGAGGCCCCUCUUCCUCCUUGGAUUGCUGGCCUGGCCCUCGGCCCUGCGUAUGCAGCCGUGGCCUGGCCUGGCCAAGGCCCACACAGACAGCAGAUCCACCCUGGCAAGAAUUAUCGCCCAGGGCCUCAUGAACAGCAACGUCGAGGGCCGCAUCCAGAACAUGCCCCUGCUGGACAGCCUGAAUGUGUCCGGGCAAGGGGGCCCGGGGAUGGUGGGCUGGCUCAUCGGCGGCAGGAGCGCCCAGCAGCAGCAAGAGAUCAGCAUUGGCAUUGCCCACGUUCAGCUGGACUACGGUGGGAUCCAGACGUCUUUCCACGACGACUGGUUCUCAGCAAACAUCUCGCUGCAGUCUGACAUCGAGUUGGGCCUGCCCAUGGCUAACACCAUCGUCACGAUGCUCGCGUGUGUGAACCUCGUGGUGGAGUUCUGGCUGGAGAAGGACGAGUUUGGCCGGAGGGACCUCGUGAUGGGCAAGUGCUGUGUGGAGCCCGGCGGGGACCAUGUGCAGGUCCUGACCCAGGCUAUCCCACCAAAGACAAAGCAUAUUGUCCACAACCUCGAAGAGAACCUGGAAAAGAUCAUCCCACACCUGGUAGAAAAUCAGGCAGCUGCCGUGAGGAUUCGGGGGGACAAAGCAUGGCGCCUGGUGUGUAGCUGGUGCUGCUGGAGACCCAGCGAGGCUGGAGCUUCCGGCCACAGGGCCCCACUCUCCUCUCCCGCGGCCCAGGUGUGUCCCCUGGUCGGCGAGAUCUUGCGGCAACUGGACGUGAAGCUGUUGAAGAGCCUCACGGAACAGGCUCCUGCUCAUGAACUUGACCAACUGUGAAUCCGUGCAACGCACUCCAGGCUGGAGGGCCGUCCAGCUGCCUACUGCUGGCCACAGGGAGAUGCUACAGUUUGGGACCUUAAGUCUCCCACCGUGGGGCUUUGCGGCCUCUGGGAACCUUGACCCCAGGCCCUGUGGACAUCCUAUCCUCUCCCGCAAUAAACUGUAGCUCAGG